GGUGGCGGUAGCGCCGCUCGCUCCGACCGACGUUCAGUUCACGACGUGCGAAACAAUGGCGCAUUAGGGAAGACUAGAUGUGUUUAUUCUUACUCUCUUCAAAAUUUAAAUUGUGAUCAUAAUUUCACAUCAUAACGUAAAGGAGACGAACACAGGCAGGCAGAACGACCAAUGCAAAGAAAGCAAAUCUAACAUUAAAUAUGGCUGCAGAAGAAAUCGAUCUCACUUGUUCUCAAGAGGAAGAUAACGAAGUUCAUCCCAGAAAGAGGAAGGAUGUAGUACAUGUCAUUGACACUAGUCCAACCCCAAAGAAAUUACGUCAUGAGCCUUUACCUCCCAGUGCCAGUCAAAGUGAUGACACAAAUAUUAGCAGCAGGGAAUGGGAUAAAAUACACAGAAGACUUCAGAGACUUGAGGAAGUGCAGGUCUCCAACAAAGUACUCCAUAAGGAACAGUAUGUAACAAGACGGGAGUUUAAUGAGUUAGCAGGAAGAUUAAUUCAAGUUGAGGAAAGAGUUCAAAAUAUGGAGCAGGUAUUAGGCAAUGUAAGAGCAGCAUUCCUUUUUGAAGAUCCAUCCAAAAAAUCUAUGAACAGAAACUCUUUGCAUAGCACAUUGUACUCUCCUCCUUUGAAUAAUAUCCAAUCUAAUGAUGAGGAAUCACGCAGCCUUCAGCCAUCUUCAAAUGGGCAGGCAAUCACAACUCCAUCAAAUGAAUCAAAUGUGAAAUCUACUCAUGCUUUAUCCCUUAAUACUGCUAAGCCCCAGAACUCUAAACAGUGCACUAAUGGACUAAAUGUGCAACCUACCAUAAUGAAUCGAACUAUCUCCAGCACUUCUGCAAGUACACCAAAUACUCCUAUUCCUACAAAUGUUUCUGGUAGUUCUGGUUCCCUUGUCAGCCAAAAACAACAUCAAAAAUUGAGUGUAGCAAGUUCAUCAACAAUUUGCAGCCCGCAAACAAACUCAAGCAACUCUUCAAGAGUACAGAAUACAUCUAUUGAAAUUGUACAAGUUGCGAGGAAGGUUGCUUCACAAGACAUGCAAACUCCAAUGCAGAGGCGCUCUGAUCAUCUUCCUCUGCCAUCUGCUGCAAGCAAUAUCCUUAGUAGUACCCCACAGAGAAAAGCGGGUGAGCGACCACCGCAUAUUUCAAACAACAACUUAAAUAAGCAAACCAACAAUUCUACUGUCCAUCAUAGGCAUUCAGCACCCUCGACUUCAAGCUCCACACAUGUUCCUAUCAGUGUGAACCAUCAACCUGGAUCCUCUUUGUCAAGUUCACUGAGAGCUUCGGGGGAGCUAACUACUAAGCAAGUGAACAGUGUCCCACAAAAGAUGACAUCAAAUUAUCUGCUAAGUGAACUACCACCAGAGUUCAUCACACACAUACGAAUCAAAAGAGAAGUGGAAAGUGAAGACACAAGUGUUGUGGAAGAAGUAGGAACACCAAACCAUAUAAGAGUUGGUGAAAAUUGUGUGGUUUACAUUGCUGGCACUGGGAGAAAAAUUAGAAAGCAUUUACACUAUGUGGCAAUUUCAGGUUACACCUAUGAAGGUCAAAAUGGGAAAGUUAUGCCUCAAAUUCCUCCUUUCUUCACAGACUUAAACAUGGAAAAUAUUCAAGAUUUGAAACACAAAGAAUAUCUUAAAACAGAAGCUUUAGUAAUGGCAGCAUUAAAGGCUAUUCAAGCUAUCCGACACUCAGCACGAAAUUGUUUGAAAGUUACUAUCGUUGCCAGUAAGAGCGGUAGGAAGUUAAUUUCAAAUAUGAAAAAUUUGUGCAUUGGAGAGAGAUUUUUGGAGACUUAUCCAAAUGUUAGUAAAUGUAGAUGUGAAAAAUUAGCUUGUGAUCACCCUGACCGAUGGACUACACACAGUCCAUUUGCCCGUAUGUAUGAUCUACAUAAACUCUUUAUUGCUGCAGAAGGAAUUAAUGUUGAAUGGUGUGACCAGGAUGAACAACAAUGUCAGGCCCUGCUUGACUUAAAGUCAACAAUGGAUGCUAGAUUGGCACAGGCAAUUAAUCAAUGGAGAGGUAAAACUUAGUUUUCACUGUCCAAUUUUUAUAAAUUGUUAAUUAUUUCAAAGCAAUUUCAAGAGAAUAUUUUAAUCAAAUUAAAAUUUUAUGAUAUUAUUUUAAGACUAUUUUAUGAAGGAUGUUAUUUUGAACUUUUAAAUAAAGAAAGGUCAUUUAAA